AUGCAGGAGCGGGAGGUCGCCGCCCUGGUACAGGUCAUCAGGGACCGCGCUUCCUCCUCUGGCGUGGCGGUGGACGGGAGCAAGGCGCUGUACGGCUUCGCGAACGAGGUGAUCUACCGGACGGUGUUCGGGAGGGUAUCACGGGAGGAGGGUAGGAGGAGCGAGCUGUUCCGGGAGCUGAUCGAGGAGAACACGACGCUUCUGGGCGGGUUCUGCGUGGGGGACUACUUCUCGGCGCUGGAGUGGGCGGAUGCGGCGCUGUCCGGCGCCGGCGUGAGGGCGUGGAGGGACUUCAGGCGCCGGGACGAGCUGCUGGAGAAGAUGCUCGAGGAGCACGAGCGACAGCGUGGUGACGACAGCGACGCCGAGCAGGAGGACUUCGUGGACGUGCUGCUCGACAUGUCGGACGCACUCGCGGUGACCACGCCGAGGCGGGUGCCCCUCCGGCUCGUCGCGAGGCCGUUCGGACGACUAGCUGACUACAAUUUGUAG